AUGACUCGUGAAAAUCGACCUUUUAGCGUGAACGAUGUCUUAGUCGCACUGCAAAAAACUCACGGAAAGACGGCAAUUUCCAAAGCAAUUGAUGAACUCGUCCUCGAAGGUGAAUUAAUUGAGAAGGUUUAUGGCAAGCAAAAAGUGUUCGUUGUACCUCAGGCUAAGCUACCUAGUUUGGAUGAAUCGGAAUUGAAAAUGAUGGAUAGUGAAAUCACAUCUCUUACUAACCAUGUUCAGCAACUCAAAAACAAAAUUAAGCUGUCAGAGUCAGAGUUGAAAUCUGUACAAUCUAGCCUUUCACUUGAGGAAGCUUUGAAAUUAAACGCGGAUAUUGAAGCCCAGAUUCAUGAAUUUAAAAGAAAAAUGGCCGAACUUGGGUCUGAGGAACCUGUUUCUCCUGAUGAAUUCAAAUCGGUGGAAACGAAGCGGAAUUCGGCUGUUGUUGAGUGGCGAAAGCGCAAACGGAUGGCCAUGGAAAUCGUAGAUGCCAUUGCAGAAAACUAUCCCAAAAGCCGCAUCCAGUUGAUGGAGGAUAUGGGCAUUGAAACAGACGAAGAUCGAGGCAUAUCACUUGCAGAUUUCACAUCAUAA